AUACAAUUUGUGAUUAUUCUGCGAUUCGGCACAGACGAGUUAGCUCUCGUUUUAGCGUCGUCAAAGGGUCCGAUCACGUUAUUUUAACAUACAGUUCAAGAUCGUAAAUCGGCGAAUAAUUACAUUUUGCUGGCGCUGCAUUGCAUAUCCACCUUAAAAGCAUUGCAAUUGAGUUCAAAUUCUUAAUACAUAGGGAACUAUGCAAAAAAUUACAUUGAAUUAUUGAAAAAAAAGCUUCAAUCAAAAAAAAUAUUGUUGUUUAAAAUUAUUUUAUUUUUUAUUUUAAUGGAAUAAAAGUGUGUGACGACGCUUUUACUAACACUUCCGAAUCGCUGAAAAAGAUUUUUUGGUAAAUCAUGGUAAAGGUCUGUUAAAAAAACACCCAUAUAAGGAUGGAUUCAAUUUAAUGUGUCGUGUCUUAACCAUAUUCAAAUUAACGGUAAAACAUUUUAAGUGGAAAAGUGAAUUAAAUAUUGUAAAUCAUUAGAAUUAGCACAUUUGAAUUGUAUAAUAAUCAGUCAUGGAUACAUGGGGAGCAUUGACCAAUGCCACCUCAGUGAUGUCACGAGAUGACCUGAGCAUCCGACGAAAAAAUGGAAUCACGAUUGAUAAGCUUCCCGAUAAAGUUCUUUUGAACAUUUUUUCGUAUGUAUCGCAUCGUGAAAUAUGUCGAAUGGCACGGGUGUGCCGUCGCUGGCGUCAAAUGGCUUACGAUACACGAUUAUGGCGAAAUGUAUCGUUGCGCCCUGAGGUGUCCGGUUUGCACGUUGGAUCUCUCGAUAUGCUGUUGUCAUUGAUUUCGGUUCGAUUUGGAGCCUCAUUGCGUUACAUUGAGCUGCCAAUUGAGCUAAUUACACACACAGUACUGCAUGAAUUGGCCGCUAAAUGUCCAAAUUUGACACAUAUGCUACUGGAUUUUUCGACAGCUAUGCAGUUACAUGAUUUCAGUGAAAUGCAAGCCUUUCCCACCAAAUUGCGCUACAUGUGCAUCUGUUUGUCAGAAGUUAUCUUUAUGGAAGGUUUUAUGCGAAAAAUUUACAACUUUAUCAAUGGUCUUGAGGUACUCCAUUUGAUUGGCACUUAUGAAAAAGUCGAAGAAGAAGAAGAGGAAAUCUACGAAGUCAUAAAUGUACACAAAUUGAAAUCAGCCACACCAAAUCUCCGUGUCAUCAAUCUAUUUGGCAUAAAUUUCAUUGAUGAUUCACACAUCGAUGCUUUCAGCUCAAACUGCAUUCAGCUGGAAUGCUUGGCGGUGAACUACUGUAACAAAGUGACUGGAUCAACACUUAAAAUGUUAAUUCAACGUUCUAAGCGUCUAAUGUGCCUCCUAAUGAAUGGAACAAGUCUCAAGUCGGAAUACGUGAUGCAAGUUGAGUGGGAAAAGUGUGCAUUACAAGAAUUGGAUAUCACCGCAACGGAUUUAUCAACUGAAUGUCUUAUUGAUCUUCUAACUCGUAUUCCAGCGUUGAAAUUUUUGGCCGCCGGUCAAAAUAAUGGAUUUAACGAUUCGGUAUUGAAAGCUUGGUCAGAAAGUGGCAAAACGGCACAAAGUCUCAUCGCUUUAGAUUUGGAUUCAUCAGAUAAUUUGACAGAUGAGGGUAUUCAUAAAUUCUUGCAACGACAUGGACCACAAUUACACGCUUGCGUACUGUCGGGAAUGCCACAUAUCACCGAUCAACUGUGGAUGAGCGUCUUACCUAUCCUGACAAAUGUCAAAAUCAUUGUCAUGGGAACAAAUGAAAAAAUUGGCGUUAAUAUUCAUGUCGAUCAAUUGAUGGAUACGAUCGCAUCAAAUUGUGCGAAUUUGGAACGCUUGGAAUUGAGAUGGGAUCCAGAAAAUCUUCGAUUUUCGGACAAAAGUCAAAAGGCCAUCGAUUUAUUCCGUGUGAAAUGUUUGAAAAUGAGAUGCAUGGUUUUGAGCGAUGGACGUUAUUAUGAAACCGUUAAAGCGAAUUUCGAACGGGCCGAUCGUACCACGGUUGUUCGCACAACAACAUGUUGCCGAGUGUCGGCAUACCAUUUGCUACGCAACUAUGGCGAUUUAGUUUUCAAUUGAUUAGUUUAUUGUUACGUUUACUUUCUAUACAUGUUUUUGGUUGCUAUCGAAACAAAACCUCCCACAAAAAAAGGUGAAUGUCGACUUUUCGGUAUUCUAAAAAACUGUAUGGUUUUGUAAGAAUUCAAUUAUUUUUGUCAUCAAAAAUAUACAAUUUAAUAAAUUCAAAAUUAUCACAAAAAAUA